GCGCGGGCCGGCUAUGGCGCGGCGGCGCUGAGGGUGUGGGGCGGGCGGCAGCCAGAGGGUGGGCGGCGCGGGAGGAAACGACGGCGGUGGCUCCAUGGCCCGAGCGCGCUGAGGGACGCGGCUCUCGCCUCAGCCCGGCGGCAGCCGAACAAUGAAGCUCUUGAAGCCAACCUGGGUCAACCACAAUGGCAAACCGAUUUUUUCAGUUGAUAUUCACCCUGAUGGGACCAAGUUCGCAACUGGAGGACAAGGGCAGGAUUCUGGGAAGGUUGUGAUCUGGAAUAUGUCUCCAGUCCUCCAGGAGGAUGACGAGAAGGAUGAAAAUAUUCCCAAGAUGCUUUGCCAGAUGGACAAUCACUUAGCAUGUGUGAACUGUGUGCGGUGGUCAAACAGUGGGAUGUAUUUAGCUUCUGGGGGAGAUGACAAACUGAUUAUGGUGUGGAAGCGGGCUACGUACAUUGGGCCCAGUACUGUAUUCGGCUCCAGUGGUAAGCUUGCCAAUGUGGAGCAGUGGCGGUGUGUCUCCAUCCUCCGAAGUCACUCAGGUGAUGUGAUGGAUGUAGCAUGGUCUCCCCACGAUGCCUGGCUAGCUUCAUGCAGCGUGGAUAACACUGUCGUCAUCUGGAAUGCCGUGAAAUUCCCAGAAAUUCUUGCUACGCUUAGAGGGCAUUCUGGCUUGGUGAAAGGGUUAACUUGGGACCCUGUUGGUAAAUAUAUUGCCUCUCAAGCUGAUGACCGUAGUCUGAAGGUAUGGAGGACGCUGGACUGGCAGUUAGAGACCAGCAUCACCAAGCCUUUUGAUGAGUGUGGAGGGACGACCCAUGUACUGCGGCUCAGCUGGUCACCUGAUGGGCAUUACCUUGUGUCUGCCCAUGCAAUGAACAAUUCUGGCCCCACUGCCCAGAUCAUCGAGCGGGAGGGCUGGAAGACCAACAUGGAUUUUGUGGGACACCGGAAAGCUGUAACUGUUGUGAAAUUCAACCCAAAAAUCUUCAAAAAGAAGCAGAAGAAUGGGAGUUCUGCAAAGCCCAGCUGCCCUUACUGCUGCUGUGCUGUUGGCAGCAAGGAUCGCUCUCUCUCUGUCUGGCUCACAUGUCUGAAACGACCUCUGGUUGUCAUCCAUGAACUGUUUGACAAAUCCAUCAUGGAUAUUUCCUGGACUCUGAAUGGGCUGGGCAUCCUGGUGUGUUCUAUGGAUGGCUCUGUGGCAUUCCUCGACUUCUCUCAGGAUGAACUUGGAGACCCCCUCAGUGAGGAGGAGAAGAGCCGUAUUCACCAGUCCACCUAUGGCAAGAGCCUGGCCAUCAUGACCGAGGCCCAGCUCUCCACAGCUGUCAUCGAGAACCCGGAGAUGCUCAAGUACCAACGGAGGCAGCAACAGCAGCAGUUAGACCAGAAGAGUGCCACAGCCAGAGAGAUGGGCUCAGCAUCUUCAGUUACGGGUGUUGUCAACGGGGAGAGUCUGGAAGAUAUCAGGAAGAAUCUUUUGAAGAAACAAGUUGAGACUCGGACAGCAGAUGGUCGAAGAAGAAUCACGCCUCUCUGCAUAGCACAGCUGGACACUGGGGACUUCUCCACGGCAUUUUUUAACAGCAUCCCACUCUCGGGCUCCCUGGCAGGCACCAUGCUCUCCUCUCAUAGCAGUCAGCAGCUACUGCCACUGGACUCCAGUACCCCCAACUCCUUCAGCGCCUCGAAGCCUUGCACAGAGCCUGUGGCAGCUGCCGGUGCCAGGCCUGCAGGCGAGUCUGUCAGUAAGGACAGUAUGAAUGCUACCUCUACUACUGCUGCAUUGUCACCUUCCGUGUUAACAACCCCGUCCAAGAUUGAACCCAUGAAAGCAUUUGACUCCCGAUUCACAGAGCGAUCCAAAGCCACGCCAGGUGCUCCUUCCUUGACAAGUGUGACUCCAACAGCUGUUGAAAGGUUGAAAGAACAGAAUCUUGUGAAAGAUCUAAGGCCCCGGGACCUCCUGGAGAGCAGCAGUGACAGUGAUGAAAAGGUUCCCUUGGCCAAGCCUUCCUCAUUAUCCAAGCGAAAACUUGAGCUUGAGGUAGAGACAGUGGAAAAGAAGAAGAAAGGGCGUCCCCGGAAGGACUCCCGUCUCCUGCCUAUGUCUCUGUCUGUCCAGUCUCCAGCUGCCCUGACUGCAGAGAAGGAGGCCAUGUGUCUGACUGCACCAGCACUUGCGCUGAAGCUGCCAAUUCCAGGCCCCCAGAGAGCAUUCACCCUCCAGGUGAGCUCUGACCCCUCCAUGUACAUUGAGGUGGAGAAUGAAGUAACAGCUGUGGGGGGGGUGAAACUGAGCCGACUGAAGUGCAACCGGGAAGGAAAGGAAUGGGAGACAGUGCUCACUAGCCGGAUCCUCACUGCUGCUGGCAGCUGUGAUGUGGUGUGUGUCGCCUGUGAAAAGAGGACGCUGUCGGUGUUUUCCACUUGUGGUCGCCGCCUACUCCCUCCCAUCCUCCUGCCGUCCCCGAUCUCUACUUUGCACUGCACAGGUUCCUAUGUCAUGGCGCUCACUGCUGCAGCUACACUGUCUGUCUGGGAUGUUCACAGGCAGGUGGUUGUGGUGAAAGAAGAGUCUCUACACUCCAUCUUGGCAGGAAGUGAUAUGACGGUGUCACAGAUCUUGCUGACACAGCAUGGAAUCCCAGUGAUGAACCUAUCUGAUGGGAAAGCAUACUGCUUUAAUCCGUCACUCUCUACGUGGAACCUGGUUUCUGACAAGCAAGACUCACUGGCCCAGUGUGCAGACUUUAGGAGCAGCCUGCCAUCCCAAGAUGCCAUGCUGUGCUCAGGACCGUUAGCCAUAAUCCAGGGCCGCACCUCCAACUCUGGAAGACAAGCUGCCCGGCUUUUCUCCGUGCCUCAUGUGGUACAGCAGGAGACCACGCUGGCCUACCUAGAGAACCAGGUUGCAGCGGCACUCACCCUACAGUCCAGCCAUGAGUACCGCCAUUGGCUCCUUCUGUAUGCACGGUACCUUGUGAAUGAAGGGUCUGCGGAAGAGGGAGUUGCUAAAAGAGCUAUUGCCAGUCAUUGGGCAAAACCUCCGCUUCCAGCGCCUCUUCACCGAGUGUCAGGAACAGCUCGACAUCCUGAGGGACAAGUAGCCUGCCCCAACCUUCCCCAGAAGCAACAAGGGCAGGGCUACACUCUCACUGCUAAUGAUGCCCAGGGCUGCCUCUCACCUGGCCAGUACGCAGUAGAAGGAAACACUGGCAGGCAGUGUGCUGUCCUGCACCAGUACCAGCCCAGCUCCCUAGGUGGACGUGCCCUGUGUCCUGGGCCUAUUCUUGCUUCAGAAGAGGGCAGCUCAUUCCUCUCUCCAGGGUCCCCAUGCAGAGCUGGGGCUGGGGUUCUGCCCUUCUGCCCUGGGGCCAGCAAGAUGUUCCUGGGCCUGCCAUCUCUAACAAGGCCCCACGGUGGACACUAGCCCCUGCUGCUGCAGGCACUGUGCUGCUUCAGCUAUGACGAAUGAGCCAUUUGUGAGAGCAAGAAUCUGCAAACAUUAAGUGUUAUGCAGUCAGCAGACUGACCUGAGACCUAUGUAAAAGGAAAGCUGUUCCAACACAUGGACUAUUUUUGUACUAGAAUUUGCUAACUUGUAAUAUGGAAUUUUUCUUUUGGCCAAUAAUCAGGAUUUCCCUAUAAGUUACUUGGACAUUGGUCACUUGUAGGAAAUUUAAACUCUUAAUUAUGACAGCUACACUGAAAAAUAAUUGUACUGAAAUUAACUUGUCUAUCUUCAUUUGGUUUAAUUUUUAAAUGUUUGUAAAAAGAGAUGUUUUUUGGGGGAUGGGGGCAAAGGGGAGGUGAUUUCUUUUGUAAGUGUAAAAUAAAUGAACACACAUUGGAUACCAAACUAUCGUGGUUUCCCCUUCCUUUUCCUUCUAAUGUCCACUUUCCUUUCCCCAAUGUGACUCUCUCUCCUAAGAAAUGAGCAAUGAGAAAACAUCUGAGCCUGAAAGGAUCCUUUGAUUUCAUCUG